AUGCUACCCGCUUCUCAAUCUGCAACAGCAGGAAAUACUGUUGAUGAUUGUACUAUAUGUUUGAGUGCUCUUGCGCCAGGGUCUCCUCUUUUGACUCUGUCAUGUAAUCAUAAAUUCCAUUUCCAGUGUUUAGCAUCGAACAUUAAAGCAAAAAAUAAAGAAUGUCCACUAUGUCGAGCUGCAAUUGAUAAUUCAGUCGUUCAAUUACUAGCAGGUCCCAUUCAGCCAUCACCACAACAUCAACAACAACAAACAAUCCCAACUCCAAUUCCUGCAGUUAAUAUUAUUCCUUCAGUUGAAGAUCUGAUCGAUGAGGUUGCUGUGCGAGAACUUUGCGAUCGUCACGCUGUUGCUCGUCAGGCUGCAUUUGCUUCACUCAAUAAUCCUGACAAUCUUCCAUUGAUAACUACUUCAACGACAUUAGAAUAUGGAGCUCGAAUCUCAAAUGAAGAAUCAAAUAUAUACGGUCUUGUUACUCUUGAAGCAGCAACUGUCCUCUUACCAGCGGAGGCCAGAUCCUUCUUGUCAUCUCGUGUUCCAAUUGAUCUUGUUUGUGUGGUUGAUCAAAGUGGAUCGAUGUCGGGUGAGAAAAUAGCAUUAUUGAAACAAACUCUGGUCUACAUUGUUGAACAAAUGAAUGAACUCGAUCGGCUAGCUAUUAUUUCGUUCAAUACUGAAGCUUUUGAUCGUUCACACGGUCUCAAACUGAUGAAUCAACAAAAGUGA